GGUUUUACUGAAUAAAGCUGUGAGCGUCUGUGCUGUACUGCACUUCACUCAGAAUGGAGUCUGUGCUGAAAUAUUUGGACUGGACGUCAGUGGGCUUGGCCCUACUGGGGGGUCUGCUCUCUCUGCUUCUGAUGGAGAUUUUUAGGCUGAACUCUAUCAGGAGCCGCAACCCCCCCGGACCCAAGCCACUUCCUUUCGUGGGUAACCUGCCGGAGUUCUUCAAGGAUCGUAUGGCCUUCAUCAAAUUGAUGCCGAAAUAUGGUGAGAUGUGCUCCAUAUACCUGGGCAAAAAGCAAGCGAUUGUGCUGAAUAACAUGCAGAUUUUGAAGGAAGCUUUCGUCCAGAAUGGUGCCAUUUUUUCUGGGAGACCAUCAGUGCCAUUAGUGCGAUGGAUCAACAGAGGGAAUGGUAUCGUGAUGGCCUCGUAUGGUCACUCUUGGAGGCAGCAGCGCCGCUUUGCUCUGCACACGCUGCGUGACUUUGGUCUGGGGAAGAAAACUGUGGAGGAACGUGUGGCCGAGGAGGCGCAUUACCUCGUCAAGGAGAUGCUCAAACAAGAAGGGAAGCCUUUUUAUCCCAUCCACCUGUUUAUGAAUGCAGUUUCCAAUAUAAUUUGCUCCAUCAUCUUUGGAGACCGCUUUGAGUACGACAACAAGAGCUUUGCUAAGCUGCUGGAUAUUCUGAAUAGAAACAUUCAGCUUUCUGGAUCAGCUGUGGGACAGAUCUUCAAUUUGGUCCCAUUUAUACAGUACUUUCCAGGGCCGCAUCAGAAGAUACGGGAGAAUACUAAUGCCUUAAGAGAAUUUAUCCUUGAAAUUGUGGAGGAGCACAAGAAGACUCUGGACCCAGACAACCCCCGGGACUUCAUUGAUGCCUACCUAAACGAGAUGACCAAGCAAGAGUCAAAAGAAGACUCUACAUUCCAUGUGGAGAACAUGAUAAGGUCGACCACUGACCUGUUCUCUGCUGGGACAGAAACUACAGCAAAUACUCUCAGAUGGGGCAUCAUUUACAUGAUGAACCACCCCGACGUGCAAGAGCGCUGUCAUGAAGAGAUCAUUCGGGUUCUGGGUUUUGACCGCUCUCCCUGCAUGGAUGACCGCGCACGGCUCCCGUACACUUGUGCCACUGUUUAUGAGAUCCAGCGCUAUGCUAACAUCAUUCCUCUCGGCGUGGUGCAUGUAACCACAGAACCAACAGAGCUACGAGGAUACCACCUGCCCGCGGGAACAGAUGUUUGGCCCAACUUAACAGCCAUCAUGACUGACAAAGAGCAUUGGAAGUACCCGAACACGUUCAACCCAGAGAACUUUCUGGAUGAGAAGGGACAGUUCUGCAAAAACGACUACUUUCUGCCCUUUUCUUUGGGUCCAAGGGUGUGUCUGGGUGAGACUCUAGCAAGAACUGAGCUCUUCAUCUUCUUCACCUCUCUGCUCCAGCGGCUGAAGUUCUCAUGGCCUCCUGGAGCUCCACCGUACAACAUGGAAGGCAUCGUGGGUGUGAUCCGCUCUCCGUUCCCCUUCGAUACAGUCUGCCACAGCAGAGAGACCACUCACUGAAUCACAUACACAUGAUAUGGCUUUACAUGUAAAUGUUCAGUACUAGAUGUAGAGGACUCCAUUUGCUCAGACACAACUAAGAGCUCAUUAUACAGCUCUUGAUUAUAUUAGGACCAACCUGGGAUUAAUGUACGUGAUUUUGUACCAAAUUAAUAAGCACAAUAGUUUGUCUUUUUAUCCGUUAUACCUAACAGAGGUCUUAUACGGUAUAAUAUUAUUAUUAAAAUGUACGCUGUUUUUAAUAAUAGUUAUGUAAUUCUUUUGUUGUUUUUAUGCAGUGUACAUGUCUGUUAUUUUUUAUGUAUAAAUCACAAAUAUUCUUUUCAAAAUUGUAUUUAAGCAUUUGCUACAUUGCUAGCGAUUUAAGGUUUAUACUGCCUGUUAUGCUUGUUAUAGUUCUGCUUAGAGGUUUACAUACCCUGAAUGUUUGUCAAAUAUUGGCCAGUUCUUUAAUAUGAAUAAUCUUGAAAUAUGAAUGAAAUUUACAUUCCAUUUA